UCGCGUCCCGCGCUCCCUCGCCGCCGCGCCGCGCCAUGCCCGCCGUCGACAAGCUCCUGCUGGAGGAGGCGCUGCAGGACAGCCCGCAGACUCGCUCCUUGCUGAGUGUAUUUGAAGAAGAUGCGGGCACGCUCACAGACUACACCAACCAGCUGCUGCAGGCCAUGCAGCGUGUCUAUGGAGCACAGAAUGAAAUGUGCCUGGCCACUCAGCAACUUUCGAAGCAGCUACUGGCAUAUGAAAAACAGAAUUUUGCUCUGGGCAAAGGUGACGAAGAAGUAAUUUCUACACUGCAUUAUUUUUCCAAAGUGUUGGAUGAGCUCAAUGGUCUCCACGCAGAGCUGGCCAAGCAGCUGGCAGACACUAUGGUCCUACCUGUUAUACAGUUCCGAGAAAAGGAUCUCACAGAAGUCAGCACUUUGAAGGAUCUCUUUGGUCUCGCCAGCAAUGAGCAUGACCUUUCAAUGGCAAAGUACAGCCGGCUCCCUAAGAAGAAGGAGAACGAGAGGGUGAAGACGGAAGUCAGGAAGGAGGUGGCAUCCGCCCGCCGGAAGCAGCACCUGUCCUCCCUUCAGUAUUACUGUGCCCUCAACGCGCUACAGUACCGCAAGCGGAUGGCCAUGAUGGAACCCUUGAUAGGGUUUGCCCACGGACAGAUUAACUUUUUCAAGAGAGGAGCAGAGAUGUUCUCCAAAAGUAUGGACGGUUUCUUAUCAUCCGUUACAGACAUGAUUCAGAGCAUUCAGGUGGAACUGGAAGCUGAGGCAGACAAGAUGCGGGUGUCCCAGCAAGAGCUGCUGUCAGUCGAUGAAUCCAUCUAUACUCCGGACAUUGACGUGGCCACACCACAGAUCAACAGGAACCUCAUCCAGAAGGCUGGCUACCUCAACCUCAGAAACAAGACAGGACUGGUCACCACCACCUGGGAGAGGCUGUACUUCUUCACCCAAGGCGGGAACCUCAUGUGCCAGCCCAGGGGAGCCGUGGCUGGAGGCUUGAUUCAGGACCUGGACAACUGCUCUGUGAUGGCGGUGGAUUGUGAAGACCGACGAUACUGCUUCCAGAUCUCCACACCCAGUGGCAAACCGGGAAUCAUUCUCCAAGCAGAGAGCAGAAAGGAAUACGAAGAGUGGAUAUGUGCCAUAAACAACAUCUCCAGGCAGAUCUACCUGACGGACAACCCAGAGGCAGUGGCCAUCAAGCUGAACCAGACGGCUCUUCAGGCAGUGACUCCAAUUACCAGCUUUGGAAAGAAACAAGAAAGCUCUUGCUCCAGUCAGAGCAUGAAGAAUUCAGACAUAGAAAAUGACAAGAUUGUUCCCAAAGCAACAGGCAGCGUCCCUGAAACGGAGGAUCUGAUUGCACAUGGGACUCCCAUCCAGUUCGAUAUUGUCCUUCCUGCAACAGAGUUCCGUGACCAGAACAGGGGCGGCAGGCGUACCAACCCUUUUGGUGAGACAGAGGAUGAGUCAUUCCCCGAAGCAGAAGAUUCUCUCUUGCAGCAGAUGUUCGUCGUCCGGUUUUUGGGAUCAAUGGCAGUUAGGACAGACCACACCCCCGAAGUGAUUUAUGAAGUCAUGAGACAAGUGCUGGCUGCCCGAGCUAUUCACAACGUCUUCCGCAUGACGGAGUCCCACCUGAUGGUCACCAGUCAGACCCUGAGGUUGAUAGAUCCUCAAACUCAAGUGUCAAGGGCCUGUUUUGAACUUACCAGUGUCACACAGUUUGCUGCUCACCGAGAAAACAAAAGACUGGUUGGCUUUGUCAUCAGAGUGCCGGAGUCUACAGGAGAAGAGUCCCUGAGCACAUACAUUUUUGAAAGCAACUCAGAAGGCGAAAAGAUAUGUUACGCUAUUAAUUUGGGGAAAGAAAUUAUCGAGGUUCAAAAGGAUCCAGAAGCACUGGCUCAAUUAAUGCUGUCUAUACCACUAACCAAUGACGGAAAGUAUGUACUGUUAAACGAUCAACCAGAUGACACUGGCGGCAGUCCAAGUGGCAGCAGAGGCGCAGAAUCUGAAGCGUGACUCACUUGGGCAUCGGGGGUCGGAGAGCUUGGGAAGAGAACCGCCUCCUUAGGGGGUUUUCAACUUCUCUGACGUACAGGCACACUGACCUGAUUUCAGAAUGCCGACAGUCACAUGUGGAUGUACCCCUGGAUGCCUUGACAGUCACUUGGGAGGGAACAGUAAGGAAUGGUGCCCAGCUACAAAUGCUAUUGUAGGUGCUCUGUGGUAAGUCUCUGCUUCAGACUGUGCUGUCGGGCACCCAGAGUGAGAGCUAUAAAACAUGCAUUGUUCACUUUAUUUGGAUGACAUCACUUCAGUCUCUACAAUCCUUUUUUAAAAUGGCAAAAUCCUGGGAUUUCCACUUUGCUAAAUACUAAAUAGCUCCUGUUAAUAUGGUCUAUUUUUAUAUUUCA